AUGAGUACCAUUCAUAAAACUACUCAACGACAAGGAUUACAUUCUAUUGCACAACAUAAAACAUCAUUAAUCAAUAAUAAUAAUAAUAAUAAUAAUAUGACAUCAUUACAGUCUGAAUUAUUAUUACUGGAUCAAUUACUUGAUCAAAAACAAAUUAUUGAUUAUUUAUUGAAUAAAAAUACAUUUUCAUUAUUUAAUGAUGAUACUAAACUAUGGACAAUAGAAUGGUUACAAAACUAUUUAGAUAUAUUAACUGAAUUUGGACAAAUUCUUUUAAAAUCUAAUAAAAAUUGUACUAUUCAUUUAAAUAUUGAUGAUAUUCUCCCUGUAACAUGUUUAUGGCAUAGUUAUUUACAAAGAAGUUUAAUGUUAUAUUCUAUAGAAGAUAUAAUAACAACACAUAAUGAUCCAUAUCGAAAUCAAAAAAUCAAUUUUCAAUGGGAUAUGUAUAUUAUAUUACAUAAACCUAAUCAAUAUCAAUUAAGACCAUAUUUAUUUAAUAAUAAUAAUAAUAAUAAUAAUAAUAAUCAUAAUAAUAAUAAACAAUCUAUUAUGAAUUAUAUACCAAAUUAUUAUUAUCUAACUAUACCAUCAAUGAAUAUAGAGAAAAUGGAAUCAUCUAUUGAAUCCUAUAAAAAACAAGAAAUCAAUGAUCCAUAUGAAUUAUUUCGUAUUUCUGAUCAUUUUACAUUGAUUGAUCAAUUGGAUCAAUGGGAUUUAAUUUCACCUCAAAAAAUAUGUCAAUUAUUAUUUACAAUAAUAUUACCGGAAUGUUUAAAUGCAACAUUAAUAAAUGAUUUAAAUCAGAAUAGUUUAAAAGUAAUUAGUUGGAAAUGUUUAUUUAAUGAUAAUGAUAUUAAUAAAGUAAUUGAACAAGGUUAUUAUCCAAUUGAAGUUGUAUUUGAUUUAAAUAGUAUAGGUGUUAAUUCAUUUUAUUAUAAAUCGGAAUUAUGGAAAACUCAACAAUUAACACGUAAAAUACAAUUGAAUAAAAGUAAUCAUUUAUUAUCAACAUCAAUUAUUGAUCAUAAUAAUAAUAAUAAUAAUAAUAAAUCAGAACGAAGUUAUCAUUCAUCAGUUACUAUGCCAAAUAUUUUAAUUAUGUAUAUUAAUUUUCAUCCAGUUUUUUCAUUUAAUGAUUUAAUCAAUAAUAAUACUAAUACUAAUACUAAUAUGAAUAAUCAUCUCUCAAAAACUCAAUUAGCAACUACAACAAAUCGAUAUAUAUCUAUAUAUUGGAAACAGAAUUUUUUAAAAUAUAUUCCUUCAUUAGAAUUAAUCAAUAAUCAAUUAAAUCCUGAUUUACCAUUAUGGUCAAUAUGUAAUUCUAUUAAACAAGAUUAUAUUUUACAAAAAAUUAAUUUCUUUCAUUCUUAUUUACAUUAUAAAUCAAUAAGAAUUUUAUUAAAUUUAUUACAAUUCAAUGAUUUAUUAUAUCAUACAAAUUUAUUAAAAUUAUUUAAUAUAAAAAAUAUAAUUGAAUUAUAUUUACAAUUAAUUAAUGAACAAUUCAAUCAAUCAAUUAAUAAUUCAGAUCAAAAUCAAUUAAAUAAUCUAAAUAAAAAAUCAAUAUAUAAUUGGCAAUAUCAAUAUUUCUAUGAAUUUAUAAAUGAUUUAUUAAAAAAAAUGAUUCAUAUAUUAUUCAAUAAAAAAUUAUUAUCAAUAACAAGUCCUGAAAGUAAUUUAUUAUAUUUCAAUAAUAAUGAUAUAAUAAAUAAAAUAAUAAAUCAAUCAUAUAUGAUCUUAAAUUCAUGGUAUCAUAGUCCAUUACAAUUAAGAAAAUUAAUAUUAAAAAAAAUUGAAAUUUUAACAAAAUUUAUUCAUCAAUUUAAUCUAUUAUAUCCAGAUAAACAAAUUUCAUGA